AUAUGAUAAACCGUUCACCCCUAUGGGAAUUUCUCCUCCCAGCUUGCUAGCGUCAGCUACAUCUGUGUCUGUCAGCCUGAGUGGUUCCAGCAGCGGCAGCAGCAUAGUGGCAGCAGCCGUGGCUUGGCUCAGACAUCAGGCUGCCUCCCUGAGCUAUUCUGCUUCAACUUGCCUGAGAGAGAGAGAGAGAGAGAGCACAGCGCAUCUUGCUCUUUAAGAAAAAAAAAGUUCUGUUUUGCAAGUUCUUUGGCUUCAAAGCAGAUUUGUCUGACAUUCAUGAACGAGAAAGGAAUGCGGCUUUGCUAUUAGAGGAGACUUUUUGGAGCUGAUUGGAGAGUGCUCUUCUUACGCAGGGAUGCCCAAAGCUUUUCGGUGUCCACCCUACCCUUCAGACUGUUCCUUCUCUCCCUCUCUAUUCAGACUUUCCCCCCCGGAUCCCUUUGGCAUGCAUGGAUCAAGUCAGCAGGAUUUCGUUUCCACCAGAGUUCCCUUCAGCUGUGUUAUGAUCCUCUUCCUCUGUGCCACAAUUGACCCAACGACUUCCCAGGCAAAACAAAGGGAUUAACUAUGAACUUUGCUCCCUUGGACAGACAGCACACAGCUAAACAGUAGACUGGGAGAUCCGAUCAAAGUCAAUUCUGUUCCUUAUCUUCAUUUUGGCCCCACGCUCAACAUACAAAACAUGACAGACGCCCUACCUGAAAAUGGCAGAUCCAAACACGGCCAUGAUGGAUGGACGCCUGUAACACCCAGAAGACCAUGGAAGGAGACAAUCUAGUUAACUCCACCAGGAAUAACUCUGAGACGGACCUCCACCUGGUCACUCACAGUCUUUGGGAGGUGAUCACUAUUGCUACUGUGUCUGCCAUUGUUAGCCUCAUCACCAUUGUGGGCAAUGUUCUUGUAAUGGUCUCCUUUAAAGUCAACAGUCAACUAAAGACGGUGAACAAUUACUACCUGUUGAGUCUGGCAGCUGCGGACCUCAUCAUAGGGGUCUUUUCCAUGAAUUUGUACACCUCUUACAUUCUGAUGGGCUACUGGGCUUUAGGCAACCUGGCCUGUGAUCUGUGGUUGGCGGUGGACUAUGUUGCCAGUAAUGCCUCGGUCAUGAACUUGCUUGUGAUCAGUUUUGACAGAUACUUCUCCAUCACUCGGCCUCUGACUUACAGGGCCAAACGGACUCCCAGACGCGCUGGAAUGAUGAUAGGUUUAGCUUGGCUGGUGUCUCUGAUCCUGUGGGCGCCACCUAUUCUCUGUUGGCAAUAUUUUGUGGGGAAAAGAACUGUUCCUGAAAGGCAAUGCCAGAUUCAGUUUUUCUCUGAGCCUGUUAUAACAUUCGGGACAGCAAUCGCUGCCUUUUACAUUCCCGUGUCAAUCAUGACAAUCCUCUACUGUCGGAUUUAUAAGGAGACAGAGAAGAGGACAAAAGAUCUAGCAGAGCUGCAAGGGGUUAACUACCAAAUGGACUCUGGGAAGGUACAGCCUCAGAAGAUCAUCAUAAGAUCAUGCUUUAGUUGUAAAUUGAGAUCAACUUCACAUGAUCAGAACCAAGCCUCCUGGUCAUCUUCCAGCAGGAGCCAUGCCAAAUCCACCGGAUCGACCAGCGAUGAGUGGUCCAAAGCCGGCCAGCUGACUACCUUCAACAGCUACGCCUCCUCUGAGGAUGAGGACAGGCCGGCGUCUCCGGUGGGGUCCAGGCCCUCCCUCAGGAACCAGGCUUGCGAAACAAGCAGAGGCGCUGUGAGCAGCGAGAGCGAGCAGCUCGGCAGCUAUGUGGACGACAACUACUUCCAGACACACCCCAAAAGCAACUCUCAGAAGAGCGGCAAAUGUGUGUCGUACAAAUUCAAACCUGUGCCCAAAGAUGCUCACGUGGAGCCCCAGAGCAAAAACGGAAACACCAAGUUGGUGUCUUCGGCAUUCUCCUCGGCUGAGUCCAUGAGCGUUCCCUCCACCUCCUCGGUGUCCAAGCCGACAGACACAUCUCUGAAGAGCCAGAUCACCAAGAGGAAAAGGAUGGUGUUGAUCAAGGAGAGGAAGGCAGCUCAGACUCUCAGUGCUAUCUUACUGGCUUUCAUCCUGACAUGGACUCCUUACAACAUUAUGGUGCUGAUUUCCACUUUCUGCUCACACUGUAUCCCACUCUCCCUCUGGCACCUGGGGUACUGGCUGUGCUACGUCAACAGCACAGUCAACCCGAUGUGCUACGCCCUGUGCAACAAGAACUUUCAAAAGACCUUCCGCAUGCUGCUGCUCUGCCAGUGGAAAAAGAAAAGGAUUGAGGAGAAACUGUAUUGGUGUGGACAGAACCCUGUAGUUAGCUCUAAGCUGACAUGAAUUCCUUUUUUUUGUUGUUGUUGUUUCUAGGUUUGUAUCAACAUCAGAAAUUUGGAAACUACAUGUUAGGUGAAGUGCAUUUCAAAGCGUCGAUCAGUCCAUUUGGUGUAGUGAAGAAUAAUUGCUGCUAAAAUCCUUCAAAAGGAUGAACAUAUUUAAUGUUUUACAAACCCAGAACUUCUUCACAUUUUGCCACACAACUGCAAACAUCAAUGAAUUCUACUGGAUCUCUUUUGUAGUAUAAAACAAACACAGUGUAAGGGAUAACGGUGAAGUGGAAAACAUAUUAUUUUACAAAGAACAAGAAUAUUUGAAUAUUCUGGCAUGCAUUUAUGUUCCACCAUUCACUGCAAUUGUCGCUGCAAGUCCUCUGAAAUAUGUUUUAACCAGUUAUCCGAAUCUA